AUGGUGGAUUCAAGGCCAAUCAGAGAAGAAGGAGAAGAAGAAGAAGAAACACAAAGAAUCUCUACACUCCAUCACCAAAUGAUUCCUUCCGAGUUAACUCACGACGAGUUCUCCGAGCUAUCCGGCUCAAUCGCCGAGUUCCACACCUACCAACUCGGUCCCGGCCGCUGCUCUUCCCUCCUCGCUCAACGCAUCCAGUCGCCGCCGGAAACCGUCUGGUCCGUCGUGAGACGCUUCGAUCGGCCUCAGACUUAUAAACACUUCAUCAAAAGCUGCUUCGUCGAAGAAGGAUUCGAGAUGCGUGUGGGGUGCACGCGCGACGUGAACGUGAUCAGUGGACUUCCGGCGAACACGUCUCGGGAGAGACUCGAUCUCCUCGACGACGAUCGGAGAGUGACUGGGUUUAGCAUCACCGGAGGUGAACACAGGCUGAGGAAUUACAAAUCGGUGACGACGGUUCAUAGAUUCGACAGAGAUGGACGGAUCUGGACCGUUGUGCUUGAAUCGUACGCCGUUGAUGUGCCGGAAGGUAACACGGAGGAGGAUACGCGUUUGUUCGCCGAUACUGUGAUUAAACUGAAUCUGCAGAAACUCGCGUCGAUCACUGAAGCUAUGAAUCGUAAUUCCGGCGACGGAAGAAACUCUCAGGUGAAGUGA